GACCGAUCCAAGCAGAAAGAAAGAGGAGGAGAAAGCUAAUAGAAACCAAAGAUGACUGGGUGAAACAAAAUGGAUCCAACCAAGCCCAGCCUUUCCUCAAAAGCACCACAUGUAAACAACGGUGGUGGAAAUGAAUCACUGAUGGAAGAAGCAAUGGUGCCAUGGCGAGACGGUUUGGACGGGGAGAGGCAGAGGGACCCGGAAAACAGAGAGCCAGACGUUGUUGAUGGGACUAUAGCAGCUGCAGACAUAAAUAAUCACCACAGGGGGUCAGCAGACAAACACAGGUUCAAUACGUUUGGCUAUCAGAGGCGGACCAAGCAGAAAGUUGUGACCGAUUUUGCAACAGUGGUGAAGGGAACAUCUGCAGGAACUAAACCAAGAACUGCACUGAGACAGGUCCUGUUCAGCCAGGGAGUGUCUGAGAAAAAUCAGCCGUCUGAGGAGCGAGGUCAGCUGGAUGUGUUGAAACAGGAUCUGGGGACCUACGCUGUGCCAGUCAGUCUAAAGUGGAGAUGGAAAGAGGAAAGUCAGGGAACAACACUGGAGAAGAACUGGACAGAUAUAGUGGAGUCUCAUUCGACAAUGUCUAAGAUGCAGAGACACCAACAGGAGGCACUGUGGGAGUUUGUUCAUACUGAGCUCGCCUACAUCAACAAGCUCAUAAUCAUAAAAGAUUUGGUUAUUGCGGCUCUUGUCAACCUGCACCAGCAUGGAUUUCUCCUGGAGGUGACCCCUGAGCUGCUUUUCUCAAACCUUCCCUCCAUCCUCAACGCACACCAGCUGUUCUGGCAAGAGGUGAUUUACCCCAUGUUAGAGGAGGUCCGGAGGACAGGCAUGCCCUUUGACCCCAAGAGGUUAGAGGCCGGCUGUCUGCAGUUCCAUCAGCGCUUCUCUUGCUACAAGCAUUACUGUUGGGAAGAGGAAAACAAUCUUGAGUUCACUCGCAGGCAGAUGGAGGGCAGUCCACAUUUCUUCACUUACAUCCAGUGGGUGGAGACUCACCCUCAGUGUGACCGGAUGCGGCUCGGGGACAUGCAGGCCAAACCGCAUCAGAGGAUCACAAAGUACCCUCUACUGCUCAAGGCUGUGCUGAAAACCACAGAGGACCCUCAUGUACAGCACACACUCAAAGGCAUGUUAUCCAGUGUGAACAAUUUUCUGGAGAGUAUCAAUGACUACCUGAAGCUAAAAGAUGAGGAGCUUGCUCUCACUAUCUCUGCUCAGAGGGUGGAGGGAUACGAGGUGGAGGGAAUAAAUGAAGAAAUCGACAAGCAUGUCAGAGAGAUCUGCCAGUUUGACCUGACCUGCCCUAUUAGAGGAGUAGGCCCUGAAGUCGUACGAAGGUUGCUGCUGGAGGAGAAUUUGAAGAUUCGCGUUAGAAAAGACAGCAAGCUGGAGGUGGUGGCUCUACUUUUCUCAGAUGUUCUUCUAAUGACUAAAGUCCAGAAGAAAGGAGAGCGGCUGAAGGUAGUCCGACCUCCUCUGGCCCUCGACAGAACAUUUUGCAUUGCACUGAAAGAUGGCUGUUCAUUUGUUCUUGUGGAGGUAGGUGAGCUUCAGAGUGCUAUGAAUGUCUACAUAUUUACAUCCAGCACCUCAGAGAGCUGCUCCACAUGGGUCUCCACCAUCCACCAGGCAAAGGAAACACUGAGGAGGCAGAGAGAGACAGAGCGCAACAGACAACUGGAAAACUGGAAAAACAAAAAGCAGCUGGAGGUUAAAUCUGUUCCAGAAACCAAGACGGAUGAUAUGGAGACAGAAGAACAACCUCUUACGCAAUUCAGAGGAGAGACUUUUGUGGAUGAAUAUGUAGAGGAAUAUAUAAUUCCCCAAACAAUAAAUGGGAUGCCGGCAUCUAAAGAAACAGAGGAACGGUAUCUAGCUCCAGAUGAUGUGGUCACUAACGAUAAAGUUGUACCCUUUUUGCACUCCAAACCCAACGUCAGUAACCGUAAAGUUGUGCGUAAGAGCUUUGCUGGUCAGCCCCAACCAGCCAAAGGAUAUGAAUGGAUAGAAAUGGGAGUGAGGCGACAACAAGUUGAAAUCCAAAGAGAGGAAGGAGAAAAAAUGCUUGAAUCUCUCAUGACAAAGGAGCGAAGGGUGACCUGGAACAGCAGGGUUCAAUCAGCCCCUAAUCUGGAUCAUUUAACUCACGGUAUUGCAGUUGAUCAAUUCAAAUACAACACAAUUGGACCACAUGCGCUUUUACUAGGUGGAUAUCCAGAUAUUGACUACCCAAUGAAUGAAGAGAUUAGUUCACAACCUAGUUACCAACAAACAAUAUUCAAUGAAAGGCCUGAGUUAUUACCAGCUGAAGAAGGAAUAUCAACAAAGAGAGACUCAGAUUUGCAGUCUGUGAACCAAAACACUAAAAGAAACUCCAGCUACACCCAGUCUGGAAACAUCGAGACAUUUCCAGAAGGUUGGGGUUUCUCCAAAAAUUUGACGUCACCCAGGUUACGGAGGAGGAGACCAAACAGCACCCAUCAGGCCUCCUCUUCUCAGGCGUCUAGGCAGUCUCAAGACUCAGGAGUGGCUCGGUCAGAUUCUUACUCCAACUCUGACUCAGAACAACAUCUCAAUUUCAAGAGAAACUCUGUCCCUUCUGAGAAAAACUCAGAAUCACACCGGGUGCUAAAGCUGGGCGCCCUGAAGCCGAACCAAGGGAUGUUUUGGAACAUUCAUGACAGAGUCUCUCCUGACUCCCAAACACUGUCUGAACCUGAGCUGCCUGAUGUUAACUUAUAUAACAAAAGGCCCAAAAUGAAAACCCAGAGGAGUGCCUCCAUCCCUAACAUUAUCAUUGAAGGAGGACAUGGACUUCGCUUGCACUCCAGUAGUCUGUACACAUUACCCCAAGCAAAUAAUACUCAAUUCCCCACGUCAGGACAUAAUCCAAAUGGACACCCCUCACCUCUGGAGGGUCUUUUGGUAAGAGCCAGAGAUAGAGUGAGGGACAGAGAUUUAUUGAAAAGAGACAGAAAUCUGAAAAUGCCCAACUUGAAGCCAAGGUAUCAUCCUCCUUCCCCCUCGUUUUCCACCACACCGUCACCAUCGCCCAGCGAUGGAGACCGAGACAGAGAGUGGGAUGAAGAGGUGGAGCUAAUGAGACACAGAGCUCUCACAGUGAGUGGAGGAUGGAAGGAGCAGCUGGUGGAUGGAGAUGAGGAUGAGAGGAGGGACAGUGUUGUCCUUACGGACGGUGUAAAUGUGGACUGGUCUGGUUGGUGCUUUGAUGAUGAUGAAGUCAUGGAUUAUUUACAGCCUGGAGGCGAGGGACUUCUGCAGGACAUCAGCAGAUCUUUGGCCUCUUUGAAUCUCUACGGAUAUUCAGAGCAAGAGGACGGGGAGUGUAGUCAGGUGUAGCACUGAAGCUGCACUACAGAGUCCUGUAGUCACCGAGUGGAUCCAAAACUAGACUAAAAGGAACUCAAGACUUAGUCCAUGAAUGUGAACUACAGAGGGACAAAUUAACAUAGACAGUAGAUUUUUCUAUGAAAAGUUGGAGCACACAACAGAGGAAAAGGACCUUUGCAAACAGAACAACAUAUCUUUCCAAUACUUUUUGCUGAUGAUGUUUUAUAGGAAUUGUAUAUCUGUGUUUAUGGCAAAAAAUAAUUCUGUUAUUAAUGUAAAAUAAUGUAUCCUAUUUUUUUUAGAACAAUACAUAAACAUGUGGUCAGUAUUUUGUGUAAAUAUAAUGAAACAUUAUUUUUUAUAAAUGGCUUUAUAUUAUUUAUAUCUGUAAUGACUUCCCCUCUUAUUGACCAGAGAGUUUCCCAUUGUAUAAAAU